UCUCUCAGUCCCUGACCGCCACAACCACUGCCAUCCAACCUUAGCGAAGCUCAAGCUAUCAGUUACCGCACUCUUGGCAGUGGCAGUGGAAGUCAGCUGCUUCAGUCAGCACCAGAGAUCCGAUCCAGUGCCUCACGAAUCGGCAUCGUAGGAGGAUUGUUGUUUGUUGGCUGACUAUUAGAGAUGUUGAAAUUAAUUUUAUUACUCACGAUAAGCGAGUGGUAUUUGACGGCUACUUUCGCUCAUCUACAAAACUAUCCAAACAACCCAGGUUUUGGAAGGCCAUCCAGACCAGGGUUUGGAGGCAGGCCGCCCCCUCCUCAAGGUUACGGAGGGUAUGAGGAGUCCGAUGGUUUCAUCUUCGAAGAAAGCAUCAACCCCAAUAGACCGCCCGUGAACCCGAACCCCGUGAACCCGAACCCCGUGUACCCGAACCCCGUGUACCCGAACCGACCGACCAGAAAUCCCAUGCAGGUCAUGUACAGCUGGCGGGAGGUGGACUUCACUUUUCCUAACCAGAACGCUAGAGACAACUUGAUUACAACUAAGCUGUUCAUUCCACGGAACAACCUGAUACUGGACGUGGACGUGUACGACGAACGACCUGGACAACCAAAGGUCUUUGUGACACUGCCUAGGGUGAGACCUGGAGUCCCUGUGACACUGGCAACUGUAACAUCCCAACGUAGGAACGGGUCUAACUUACUGGAACCCUUCCCUGACUGGCAGAGUAACACUCCGGGCAGCUGUGACACCAGUCUCACCUCUGUCUUCCGUACACAUAUUGAUGACUGCGGCCGACUGUGGGUGUUGGACAGCGGCAACAACAAUGCCUUUGGUGGAACUGCUAACCCCAGUCGCAUUGUGUGUCCUCCGCAGAUCGUCAUCUACGACCUCCGCAACAACAACCGUCUCGUCGGAAAGUUUCGCAUCCCCUCGUCGAUGAUCGAGAACAACACUCUUCUGGUGACUAUAGCCGUGGACACCCGCCAGAGAGAUUGCAGUGAUGCGUACGCUUAUAUCGCAGAUUCCAUUGCCUACAAGAUGAUUGUCUUCAACCUGCGUAAUCGACAGUUCUGGAGGAUCAACAGUAUACUCUUCUUCCCCUACCCAGACUACUCUACGUUCACAGUGAAUGGAGUCUCAUUUGAUCUCAUGGGCGGCAUUUUCGGUCUAGCUAUUGGACCUCCGUACAGGAACAACCGACGUCUCUAUUUCCACUGCAUCGACAGUGUGAAACAAUCCUGGGUAGAAACUGCGGACCUACGCAACCAGAGCCUAUGGCAGAACAAUAUGAACGCCGCUCCUCGUGCCUUCCAUCUCUUCAAUGGCACCAGGUCCAGUCAGUCUGCAGCUGCCACUAUGACCAAAGACGGCAUCAUGUUCUUUGGUCUCAUUGGGAGUAACGAGAUUGCCUGUUGGGACUCCCGUACCAGGUUCACCCGUAGUAACCUCGUCAGUUUAGCAAAGGAUGAUACAGCCCUACAAUUCAAUUCCGGCAUAAAGGUGUACGGGAACAAACUGUACGCUGCGACCAGCCGGCUACAGAAACUACAUUACAAACCGUAUAUCUGAGAACGAGGACAACUACCGUGUGUUGGUGGGCGACCUGCAGGAGAUGACACGUGGCACCCAAUGCCAAGUAGAUUACAACAGCAACCGCUUUAAUAUUGAUGAGUACGAACCUGAUUCGGAAAGCGUGGAUUUUCCUACCAACAUAAAUUUUAUCCCUUGAACCAUCAGCACUGCAUCUUGAUUUGCAAGCACCUCCACUGUUUGUUCAUGCCACCCAAAACUUUGAAAUGCUAAAUUGAAAGGUUGUACUUUAGCUGGUUAUUGAUGCUUUGUUUACAUUGCUGUUUUGUUCUUAGCGUUUGGUUUUAACUGUAAUUGGUUGCAAUUGUGUUUGCUUUUUAGAAUUGUAACUGUACAUCAUAUUGAGAGUGCAAGGAUUAUUUUGCUAUAAUUUGCACUUAUAAUAGUUACUGCAUUGCUUGAGAAACUUUAAACUAUUUUAUUACAAAUUUUGACAUUUUAUUUCAUACUUCUUAUUAAUUUAUCCAAUAAUAAUAAACUUUUGCCUUUACAAAGUGGCACUUAAGUCAGAGGAGACGAGGUCUGACCUUCCUCAUAAAUUUUAAACAAUUUAAACUUUUGAAUCUUUAAUGUAUUUGCUAAAUAUGAACAAAGACUACUUAAUGUACAAUCCAGGAGAAAUAGGAUGUUUUAAUGAAUAUAAAGAGAUAGGCAGAAAUUGUCAUGUUUAUUUAGUCAUAUUUUUGUUAAUGCAUCAAUAUUAUUUUUCUGAAUUUAACUUGGAAAUAUUGUUUAUAAUAUCCUGAAAGAGAUUCUAGAUUCAUUAUUGCUUUGUGAAAUCGAACGAAUAACAGUUUACAAAAUACUUGAAUACUUUCAGAUUAUCUAAUAUAUAGUGUAGUUAUUUUACAUAAAAAUGUGUUUCUAUAUGUUUCUUAACGUGUUAUUGAGUACUAUAAUUAUAUUUUGAAACUUUUAUGCUAUUAUUUAUAUUAAAUAUUAUUUUGUAUAAA